AUUCUUUCCUUCAAUUCAAUGGCCUUGAUUAAGUUUUGUACUUGCUGACUACAAUAAGCCUAAUUGGUAUUGGUUGAAUGUUUCAAUUGGUUAAACCAAACCGAAAUCGACAUCUCUCGGUUUGUUCGGUUAGAUUUAAAGGCGUGUAGAAUCUUCCAAAAACGCCGCGUUGAGUAGUUUUGUAGGGUUUCUUCUGCUGUGUGGCUACCCACUGAAGUCUCCAGUGUUUAGCUCCUUUGUGGCUCUGGUUUGCCCUAUUCUUCCCCCUCCUCUCUCCUCUUGUUUUUCCUUUUUCCCUCUUCCCCAAGGAAUCUGGAAAAGGAAAAAUUAAACCUCUUUUCCUCUAAAUCCUAAAAAAAUCAGAAAUUUUCCUAUUAGCUUCAAAUCGAAGCUUUUUGAUUGAAUCAAAAAUCUCUGCUUUACAACUCUCUCUACCGAGAGGAUUCUCGGGUGAAAAUACAGAAGACGAAUCUUAAACAUGGUAGAGGCAGAGCGCCCGGAGAAUAUUUGGGUUGCUUCUGAAAUGUCGUCGUCUUCGUCUCCGGCGGCUAUAGAAAGCCGUGAUUUUUCGAUCAUUGAUUCGACUGAUGGAAUUAGAGAUGAUGUGAGAAGACUUGGUAUAGCUUCUCCGCCUCAGUUGGACAAGGGUUCGUCGAAGAACGAUCUAGGAUUUACGGAAAGGGUUCUCUCGGCCGCCGGAGCUGCGGUUUUGUCCGCCGUUACUUUAAAUCCUCUCGACGUUGUCAAGACUCGAUUGCAAGCUCAAGCCGCCGGGUUGUCUUACUCCCACCCACUCAGUAACUCCAUUGGACGAAUGGCAUUUUUUGGACCAAACAUGAUGUUUGCAGACUUGAGAUGUUCUCCUUCAUGUUCACGGGCUGGUGUUCAAGGUACUGUUUCUAUUUGCCCGCCGGAUUGUUUCCAGUACAAAGGAACGUUUGAUGUCUUCACCAAGAUUAUACGACAGGAGGGCCUGUCACGACUCUGGAGAGGGACUAAUGCUGGUCUUGCCGUAGCUGUGCCCAUGGUUGGGAUGUAUCUCCCAUUCUAUGAUUUGUUUCGGAACCGGUUGGAAAUAUUAUCUCGGGAGAAAGCUCCUGCUACGACAUGGUGUGUGCCUGUUGUGGCAGGGUCCCUAGCGCGGUCGUUAGCUUGUACAGUGUGCUAUCCAAUUGACCUUGCAAGAACGCGUAUGCAGGCAUUCAAAGAAGCAAAAAGCGGUAUGAAGCCUCCGGGAGUUCUUAAAACUCUAGUUGGUGUAGUCUCUGAAGUCAGGACAGCAAAUAACUUCGAAAGUAGUUUGCACAACUACCGUGUGCUCUAUAGAGGCUUGGGUGCACAGCUUGCCCGUGAUGUUCCAUUCUCAGCAAUCUUGUGGGGGACCCUCGAGGCAAUGAGAAGAAGGCUUCUGGGAGUUGUGGGCAAUGAUACAAAUCUUCUUGGUGUUUUCGGUGCAAACUUUUCUACUGGUUUUGUAGCUGGAAGUAUCGCUGCUGCUACUACUUGUCCUCUUGACGUUGCAAGAACAAGAAGACAGAUAGAGAAGGAUCCUGGUAGGGCGUUGAUAAUGACGACGCGACAGACACUAGUAGAGGUUUGGAGGGAUGGAGGGAUGAGAGGACUGUUCAUGGGAAUGGGUCCACGAGUGGCGCGUGCAGGACCAUCGGUAGGGAUAGUGGUUUCCUUCUACGAGGUGGUCAAGUAUGUUUUGCAUCACCACGCUUCAUCAUGACCCAACAAAGUCACAAAUCUCAUACACAUAACACAUGAAUGUGGAUACGGCUUUAGGUUGUAGUUUGUUUUUCUUUAAAUUAACAGAAUAAGUUAAACAGGCUCAGUCCUCCAAGCCCUUGUUUCAUAUGAGCCGGAAUUUUGUCCAGUUAUUAAUACCGGCUAUUUAAAAUGUUUAAUCCGGUUUAUGUCGGCUUUAUCGUUCAUCAGACAUAGGUUGGCUUAGUGUGAUUAGUGGAAGACAUAAGAUGAUGAUUGCAACAAUGCCCAUUUGUGAAGAAUAUGAUCUUUUACUAAGGAAUGAGACCUUUUUUCUGAUAAAAGAAUUGAGAAAUAGGAUUUGAUAUGUAAUUUUUGGCAAGUCAAAUGUGGUAAAAGUGUUCUGUAUGUGUAAUAUGCAAACGAAUACACGGCUCGUGUACUCAGUGUUGCAAGUGUUCUACGUAAAAUCACGCCAUGUGUGCCUCCCGAGCUGGUUAUAGAAUGGAGAACUUAGGAACUUAACUUCUUAAGAACGAUGUGCCAGAGGAAUUCAAGGUGUCAUGUUUUUAUGUAAAGCCCCAAACUGCAGGAAGUUCAUGAAUUAAUGGUAGGUGCUUGUUUACUUAAAACGCUACAACACCAAGAAGAAGAAGAAAACGAAGAAGAAGCCAAGCAAAACUCUCUUUUUUUCCUACAUAUAUAUUUGCUCCAUAAACAAUAGAUUUACACAGCUAGAAAGUAAAAAAAAAAAAAGUGAUUUGACUCUUAUUUAACUUCUUGUAAGACAAGGCAGCUUCAUAAUCUCUUGAUUUCACGGAAUAAGAAGGCUCUUUGGUGA